AUGGGUACAGCUACCUUCGUCGAUAUCCUUCUUGCCAUCGUUCUCCCACCUCUUGGUGUCUUCUCAAGGUUUGGCCUAGAAGAGGAGUUUUGGAUCUGUUUGAUUCUCACUCUUUUUGGCUAUCUUCCUGGAAUUCUCUAUGCUAUUUACAUUAUCACUAAGUGA